AUGUCUACCGAGCGCUUAAUGACGAAAAUGAUUAAAUCAGGAAGGGAUGAGGCAGAGGUACGAUCAAUGUCAAGACAAGAGAUUAUCGAUGCAUGUCUCGCUAGCGAAUUGAUGAGAACAGAACUUCUGACCGAAACAUCUGAACCUCCCCAGAACGUAACUGAAACGGAAAGAUGGAAAUUUGAGAAAGAACUUGAAUUUAAAGAAAGACAAGCGGCGAAGGAACUUGAAUUUAAAGAAAGACAAGCGGCGAAGGAAUUUGAAUUUAAAGAAAGACAAGCGGCGAGGGAAUUUGAACUGAAAGAACGAGAACUCGAAUUGAAAGAAAGACUAAAGGAAGAGUUAAAAUUAAAAGAAGAUGAAAUGAGAUUGAAAGAAGAUGAACUCAGAUUAAAAAGGGAAGAAUUUUUAUUAAAACAAAAGGAAAGUAAUUCGCUAAUUAAUAGAAUUAAAAAGUUCAGCGACACGAUGAAAGAACAAUUGUGGAAAAUGCCCCAAAACCCUAGUGAACUACCAACUUUUUUUGUACAUCUCGAAAACGCUUUCUGUUCUAAUGGAGUUGAUCAAGAUGUCAAGUCAAGACUUCUUCAAAUGUGUUUACACGAUAAAGCGAAGUCUAUUAUAACUCGAUUAACAGUGCAACAAUUAGAUGAUUAUAAUACUUUGAAAGAAUUUCUACUGAGCGAGUUUAGAAUCAGUCCAGUCAAAUUGCGAGAACAAUUUUUCGGCACGAAAAAAAUACCAAAUGAAACGAGUUGCUACCCAGAGACUGUUUAA